CAAACGUACUUCUAUCUUCGCUGUCAGUUUCUAAAAUAAGGGUACACUUAGUUAUUUUCAGAAGUGAUUGUCGUGAAGGUUUUGGUUUCUCUUAUUACUGAGCACGAGGCGGGAAUUUCAUGGCCAAAAAAAUACACGAAGACUUCAACUGAUUUUCGAGUUGCGACUUCACUGAGCCAGACAACUUUGAUCGACCAAGUCUAAGCUGUUAAUGCUAUUUGCAGCCAUUAUGAGUUCAACACCAGAGAGUAUUAUAACAUCGGUAGAACCCGAAAGCGAAUGUGUUGGUCUGGAAAAACAAUCGGCCUGUGGCGGGACCCAAGCCGAACCAAAGGCUGAACCCCACCCAGAUUGGAAUAUAGCUGUGGAAACUUGGGGCAUUGCCUGGGAAUUUCACCAAUUUGGACUCGGUUCUUUAUUUGGAAUCGUCGGCCUUUUCGCUCUUUCAGCAUUCUUUAGAUUGUUAAAAAACAACAGAGGGAGUCGACAGAAGAAAUUCUCACUGGUUGUUCUAAGCCAGAUUGUUUUAUUUGGUUCAUCAAGGUGUUUGUUCUUAUGUGUGGAUGCUUACCAUUCCAAAGGCCAUGUUCCUAGCACCGUGGUAAAUAUAAUCUGGGGAAUUGGACAGCCUUGUUUGAUUACAGCCUUCAUGCUCAUUUUUCUAGUUUUGAGAAAUGCUCUUGUGAUGAAAAGCAGAUUUCAGAACUGGUACACGACGCGAAACAUAGCUCUCAUUACAGUCCCUUAUUACAACUUUGUUUUGGUGUCAGAAAUGACUGUAUCAUUUUUACCAUCAAACAAGAGCUUGACUUUUGCUUGCCAAAUAACAGACACAGUUUUAUAUGUCAUUUUAGCUGUCUUUUACACUUACAUUUCUACUCUUAUGUGGAAAAAACUUCGAGUUAAACCAAAUGGAGCUUCUGAAAUGCACGACAGAGGAAACCAAACAUCAUCCGUCUUCAAACUUUGUAUAGCAGCAGCUGUUGGCGGUUUCAGCAUCGGCGCCAUGCAAAUUUACGCGCUGGUAAGCGUUUACAGCGUUUCGCACGACGCGCAAAACAUUUCCCCGUGGUCUUGGUUCGCGUCCACCACCUCUCUGCGCUGUUUGGAGAUGGGAAUGUCGGUGUUGUUGUACAUGAUCGGUACGAUAAAUAAUCCUGGUCAAAGAGCUCGUGGAAGAAUAAACGUGGCACCACUGUCAAUAAUGCAGUCGAAAGUUGAAACUCGAGUGACCAAAGACUCGGCAAAUUCCGACACUUUCCAAAUUUCACGUCUUCAUGCCUUCAACGAGGACGGUAUCAUUCGUUAAGUGUUCUCUAGAUGAUGCUAAACAGUCACUGGAAAUAAUUCCACAGCGACCGAAGGUAUGGCCCGGCAGCUCUGCGCGAACGAUUCUCGCAAAAACUGCCGCUCAGGCGCGUCACUGAAAAGAUCAGCUUUGCACGCCGUGUUUGCAUAGAGAAUAAACCAAAUGUUUUCCACCUUGUUUACCAGCACGUAAUCUGCCCUAAUGCCACUACUCGUGUCAGCUACGUUUUCUUACAACAACAACAAAAAAAGUGUUACACAUUUCAGGGGUAUAGCCAGGAUUUGUCAAGGGGGGGGGGGGGGGGAGCACACUGUGUCAAAGUGAAGGUACUCAGCAGAUUGUCACGUCGUUUUCGCCACCUGCUGUAAGUUGUUUGCUUAAAAAAGGCUUACAAAACGGGGCUACGCCCCUGCAUUUUAACGUCAAGAUCCUUCAAACAGUUCCUUACAAAGGCAAAGAAAGUUUAUUUGCGUUUGACCGCUGUGAACAAAAUAAUUAAGUUUUAUAGCUUUAUUUCAACACUUUUUUUUGGCUCAGAGCGUUUUGUAUUUUGCACGGCAAAUUUAACUCAAAAUUGUUUUUUUUUUGUGUGAUUCUUUUUCUUGUAUUUAAGCAUAGUUAUAGUAGCUGCUAACUAUGGUUUAAGCUGAAAUGAUGUUAGAAAUAGAAGACUCGUACUUUCUGUUCUUUAAAACAAAAAUAAUUUUGAAAUUAGUUUAAGUAAAAAAAGUCUACUCCUUGAACAACAGAUUAUAUCCUUCCAUUAGUCAAAAAAGCUCAAACUGAUUCCAGUGAUAGUUCAAAAAGGUAGGAAAACAGCAAAGAAGUAAUAAUAACCUAAGAUUGGUUAAGUAUGGGGAAAGAUUGAGCUCCAGAAACAAUUUUAGUAUUUUACUUGGGUGGUCUUGUAUGGGGUCCCCGAGAAUUGAAUGAGCCUGCGAUCACCGAAGUUGUUCGGGAGCACUGGCGCUAGUUUUUGAUUGGAUAAGGAGAAUCGGAGCUCUGUGCCGACCUAAGACAGCACUUGUUUGUUAUUUCCCCGACUGAGCAAUUAAUAUUAGUCCUAGAUUUAGCCUAAACUUCACCCGUCUUUAGAUUUCAGAGUAUCUUAGGUUUAUGUAAUCUUUAGCUUUUACGCUACACCGUAAACUGCCGCGAAUGAGCCCUGGGCUUACACAAGGGGCUUAUAUCCGACGGAGCUUAAAGCCGGAAUAAAAAAACGUUUGGAAAAGAGCUAUAGCUGCACAUGUUGAUCGAAAUAGGUUUUUCAUUUACCGGUUCUUUAAUUAAGCUCUAAACAUCAUAAUGAAACGAAUUCAAGACAAGGAAAGUUAGAGAGGGGGGCUCUUAUUCGGAUGUAUUUUUGGGCCUAUAACCGAAGGGGCUUAUAAGCGGAGGGGCUUAUAACCGAAGGGGCUUAUAAGCGGAGGGGCUAUCAGCGGCAGUUUACGGUAUUGCAACUGUACUCCUAAACGAUCGAUAGAAGUCGGAAGGAAUACGUGGCCGGAAGAAAAAAUAAAUUGUUUUGCUGCGAAGUUUUGGACAUGCAGGUCAUGAAAGAAGAAAGGGAAACUCUGGGACCAAGGGUAUUUCGAAAAAUGCUAGUUUUAUUGACUUUAUUCGAAAUUAUUUUCCAAACUUGGCUCAGAAUUGCCCGGAUUUCGAGUUUUUCAGACCGUGAGAAGUUUGCUUAAAACGUCGAACGAAUGCAGAAAGAUCACAAAAGCUUAAUAACCGGUCAAGAUAACGUGCCAAAAGGGAACAAAAGCAAAGUAUCGCAAAACAAAUGGUUACAAAACAGUGCAAUGUAACUGUUAUGUAACCUUUUUAUUACCGACAUACAUGUCAAAGCUUAAAAUUAAAAUUUAUACUUCAAAUCGCCAGGUGGUUGAAACACUUAACACACUAGGGUUUCUUUCAUUAACUUAGAACCAGCUUCCUUCCUAAAGAAAACAAUACCCCGUGAAAGUACU